UAUUAGUUAAGUUGGUCAACCUGAAAAUUGUAAACAUAGGUUUCUGUUUUGUUGAUCUCUGUAUCAGCUGAGUAUUGCUUUCUGCUUAUAGCAGCAAGCAAGUCACUGUUAGUUUUUAAAGUUUCUAAGCGAAAUUUAAUAUUCAAAAUGAAUCAAAUGGUUAAAGACGAAGUGCAGCAAAAUGGAGAUGAUCAACCAUUAACUGUGGGCCAACCUUUGAGUGAAUUCUUAAUGCAGUUAGAAGACUAUACACCAACAAUCCCUGAUGCUGUUACAGCCCAUUACUUGAAUACAGCUGGGUUUGAGCCAAAAGAUCCAAGAUUGUUAAGACUUAUCUCUAUUGCAGCUCAGAAAUUUAUUUCUGACAUUGCAAAUGAUGCUUUGCAACACUGCAAGAUGCGUUCCAGCAAUUCCUCAAGUAGCCAUAAUAACUCAAAGAAUUCCAAGGGAACUAAGGAUAGAAGAUAUUGUUUAACAAUGGAAGAUUUGACACCGGCUUUGGCUGAAUUUGGUAUAACUGUGAAGAAACCUCAAUAUUUUGUUUAAAUAUGUG